AUGACAGAAAAUAACACUCAUUUAGAAUUUGAAUUAGUUUCAACAUACAUUUCAGAUUAUCCAUCAAUUUUAUUUGAUGAAAGUGUUACAGAUGUAAAAAUCGAAUCAUUAAGUGGAGAGUUCCCAAUUGAAUCAAAAUUUGACAUGAAAAAACUGUUUGUUAAUGGAUUGAAUUUAUUUUCUAGAUUGUAUAUUAAGUGUAAUAUAAUUAAGUUGACUGUGCAAUCAAUUGGAAAAUUUGAAAUUGUAAUUAAUACUUUUGAUAUUUCAAAGCCUGUUGAUUAUUCUUUUUCAUCUAAUACGUUUUCAAAGAAUGAUGUUACAUAUAACAUUUCCACAAAAAGUGAUAUAACAUUAAGUGGAGUUCUGCCUGAUGUUAUUUUGUAUAAAACACAAAAAGAUCCGGAUAUCAAUGAAUGUUUGGCAAAUAGAGCAAAAAUAACUGUUGUUUUCGAUUACUUGGAAUAUCAAAAAACAGGAUAUUUCCCUCUAUUGGAUUUAACUGAUCCUGAAUAUGUUGGAAUACAUUUUGCUUUGGAAGUAGUGAAUACGAAAAACAUUUCUUUCUUGAAAAAGAAAAUGUGCCAUGGAUUAAUUAGUUAUCCUUCUGUUAGUUUGUCAAGUGACAAUUCUUCUCCGAAUAUCAACCUCAAAUUCCUUUUCGACAAACCUGAUUUGUAUUUUGUUGUUGAACCUGGAUAUACUCCAUUGCCAACACAUGUAAAAACAAAUUCUCCAACAAGUCAACCUGAUAAAUCAAAAACAAAGUUGAUAUUGAUUGUAACUUUCUCUGUUUUAGGUUUCUUGAUUUUGGUUGCUGUUAUUGUUGUUGUCGUUAUACUAAGAUUGAGGAUGAAGAACAAGUACACGACAAUCUCUCUUUCUGCAUCUUAA